GCCAUGCAGGAAAUCUACGAUCUGGUUGUAAUUGGAGCAGGAUGGUAUGGUCUCGCCGUCGCCGCAACGUAUCUACAAGUACACCCUUCUGCUCACCUCCUCGUUCUCGAGGCACAAUCUACUGUUGGCGGAGUAUGGAGUCAAGAGCGCCAAUACCCGGACCUCAAAUCCAACAACAUGCUCGGAACAUACGAAUACCCUGACUAUCCCAUGGACACUGAGACUUAUGGCGUCAAAGCUGGUGAACAUAUUCCUGGGCAUGUCAUCCAUCGAUACCUUGGCGAUUACGCAAAGAAGACUGGAGUCUUUUCUCGUAUUAGAUUCGACAUCACAGUAAUGGAAGUCUCCAAAGCAUCCGGCGGUGGAGGCUGGACGCUGAACACCGACAACGAUGACUUGACCAAUCUGUCCACAAGAGAACUGGUAAUAGCUACAGGUCUAACCUCUACACCUUUCAUUCCCACCUUUGCUGGAUCAGUGAUCUUCGAGAAGUCUGGCUUGCUUAUUCACUCCCGCGAUUUUCCUCAACAUACUGAAGCACUCUUCUCCAAAACAUCUGCGAUCACUGUUCUUGGUGGCUCAAAAUCAGCUUGGGAUGUCGCUUACGCUUGCGCAACUCGUGAUGUACUUGUCAACCUUGUUGUCCGUUCUUCAGGCCAAGGACCAACGUGGAUGGCUCCACCCAACGUAACUCCCGUCAAGGCGUGGUUGGAAAAACUCGUCCAUCGACGCUUUCUCACUUGGCUAUCUCCUUGUAUCUGGGGUGAUGAGGAUGGCUUUUCCUCGACAAGAAACUUUUUGCAUGGCUCUUGGCUAGGCAGGAAGAUUGUAGAUGCGUUUUGGUGGGUGCUUAGUACGGAUGCAAGUGCAUUGAUGGGUUACGAUAAGCAUCCUGAGACGGCAAAAUUGAAGCCAUGGCAUUCAGCUNUUUGGACUGGGAGUGGCCUGGGCAUUCUGAACUUUGAGAGUGAUUUCUUGGGGUUGGUGUGGGAGGGAAAGGUCAAAGUGUACAUUGCGGAUGUGGUGGAAUUGGGAGAAAACACUAUAUCGCUCAGUGAUGGCACUCAACUAAUCACUGAUGCAAUUGUUUGCGCCACAGGCUGGAAAGCACGACCACCGAUGAGGUUCCUGCCCCAAGGACUAGACGCUGCACUCGGACUUCCAAGCAGUGAACCCCUAUCUCCGUCCUCGACAGCCGACUUCGAAGCAGCAGACAAAGAGGUUCUGUCGCGCUUCCCUCGUCUGCAACAACAGCCUAGCACACCUAUACCCGGUGACGACACUACCGCCGACGCAACGUCACAGCCAUUCACACUAUACCGCUUCGUGGCUCCUCCUUCUUCCAUUCUCUCAGACCCUUCUAUCGCCUUCGCAGGCAUGACAACAACAAUCUCUACGCCCCUCUGCGCUUCCCUCCAAGCUCUAUGGAUAAUCGCCUACCUCUCCUCUUCCCUCUCCCGCGUUCCUUCUUCUCCCUCUGAUGCCCAGAAAACAGCACUACUCCACUCGCGUUUUGGGAGAUGGAGAUAUCCUUGCGGCUACGGCGGCAGAUUUCCCGAUUUUGUGUUUGACGCUGUGCCGUAUUUGGAUAUGUUGCUGAAGGAUUUGGGAUUGGAGUAUAGAAGAAAGAGAGGGUGGUUGAAGGAGGUGUUUGAGGCGUAUGGGCCUGAAGAUUAUGCUGGUGUUGUCGAGGAGUGGAUGGACAAGAAGGAGAUAUAG